UAGUUAAAAUCUUGAGCUGAAAACAUAUUCAUCACAAAUCACAAGCAAAAAUCACCUGAAAUUUUACAGCAUUGACACUAGUCUUAAUAAAUAUUUCAAGAAAUAUCAAAAAAAUGGAUGAACCCAUUAUAUCCAUAUAUGAUAUGUUGGUGAUGCGUCGCAAGCAGCAGCAGCAGCAGCAAAUGGACUUAACGCAGAAUCGAGACACUCAUUCCAAGUCCGGAUCGGAGCACAAUACCCAAACCAAAAAGUUUCUGCAGCACAAGACCCGCUCUAAGAUGUCGGAAGAGAUCAAAUUGAAGCCGGGAUGGAGAAUGGCCACCAAUGUGGUAACUGCCACGCAUAUCACACAAAAAUGGUCGACAAUCUUAACGCCUCCGCCGGGCAAGAAGGAGGUGGUCAAUCAACUGGUCGAGACGAUGGCGGGUAAGCGUCCAAAGAAGAAACCCAUCGCGUCAACACUGGAGAGCGCAGAGCACUCCGAGCGUACCCCUACCUUACCAAGGAAACUGAAAAAGUUAAAGUGCAACAAAUCAUCGCGUGGCAGUGCAUCCAGUAAAUCUUGCAUGCGUCUGGCUCUUUCACCACGCAACAAGAAUGCUUCGAUCAAACCAAAAGUUAAACGAGAGGCAUUCCUCAAGGCCAAAGCAUUCAUUGAGCCAAAAUUACCCAGAUCCAAGGAUCCUGAUGCUAUCAAGGCACAUCAAGUUGGCCGUCAGACGAAGAAUUCCAGCAAUGCGUCGAAAUCAACGAGAGUUGAUAAUGCCGCUCGAUAUCGCAUCUGAAAGCCGACAUUAUCAUCUACAAAUUGUAAGUUUAAGGAUACAAAAACACGGAAAAAAAAAACAGAAUUGUAUUUGUUUUGCGACGCAUUCAAGUGGCAAUCAGUGGGAUUCAUUGUAGCUUCUUCAGAUGUGGAGCCUCUUGGUUUACGUGUGGACAAUCUUUGCUAAAUUUAAAGUUUUUGCUAAGCACACAACAUGAAAAUAAAUAAAAAGUAUUGGAAUUAAUUAUAAAA